ACAACAACCUGCAACCAUCGUCGUCGUCGUCGUCGUCAUCGUCAUCGCAGUCACCGUUACCACGAAACGUAGCCGUUGCUGUAUAGCUGGUGUAUAGCCGUAUAAAAUGGAACCCUCAUAUGAUCACGAACAUCCACAUCAUCUGCUAACAAAUUACAAUGCUAAGAAGUAUCCACUUGUGUCCCGUACACCGGAAUAUAGCCACUCAACCGUUGGUAGCGAUUAUCCGGAGCAUGUUGGCUACUUGGCAUCGGAUGGGCGACUGCUGCACGAGAGUCCCAGCGAUAGCAUCUACCAUGUGAGGCAGGGCAGCGAGCACUCCUCGCCCAGCCUACACUCACCAGCCAUACAGAGCGCCGGCUACGAGAAUGAGCACUCCAUGAACGAAGCGGCGCUCUCUGUGCACAGUCACAGCCACUCACCGAUGGUGUCCAGUGCGUAUAGUGUGGGCGGUGGCGGAGGCGGUGCCUCAUUGAUCAGCAGCAAUAUACCACUCCUGGGUGGAGGGGGAGGCGGCACAUCAAUGCUGAACAAGUUCUUAUCACAUCCGCAUGCAAGUAUGAUUGUUGGUGGCCAGGAUGAAUGUGGAGUGGGAGUGGGCGCGGCAUCGCAUUCACCCAUUGAGCCGGCGUCAAUGUGGAGCUAUGACUACAAGGGUGACAUAUGUGCACCGAAUUGUGGCUAUCUGGACCGGCACAAGGCCAUGCCCAGCGAUUUGAAGUACAGACCGGGACCAGGUAAUCAGUCAGUAAAAAGUGCCAAAGAGUCGCGCAUUCGCCGGCCAAUGAAUGCGUUCAUGGUGUGGGCCAAAAUCGAGCGCAAGAAGCUGGCCGACGAGAAUCCUGACCUGCAUAAUGCCGAUCUCAGCAAAAUGUUGGGCAAAAAGUGGCGCUCCUUAACGCCGCAGGAUCGGCGUCCGUAUGUUGAGGAGGCGGAACGCUUGCGUGUCAUACACAUGACAGAGCAUCCGAACUACAAAUACAGACCCCGUCGGCGAAAGCAAUCCAAACUGCGCACCAUUUCAUCACAGCCGGGCAAGGAGCCGUCGGGUGAGAUGACAACAACCGUUGCAGCGAUGGCAGCGUCUAAGACAACGCCUAAGCUGUCAACGCCGCCACUGUCUGCAACAGCCACCAGUGGCAGCUAUAACACGCCCACCGACGACAGCCGCAACUCGACGCCCCAAAAUGUAGGCGGGCUAUACGAGCAGCCGUUGAAGCCGAGCUUCUCGCCCAGCUCCGUGGACUGUUACAGCAAUGCGGAUAGCACGGAUCAGAUUGAGAGCUUAGCUGCCAAUUGCAAUGAAUCCUCACCGGUCACAACAAAUCCCAGCUUCGACAGCUCCCUGCUGCUCAAGAAGCUAACGAAGCCAGCGACGGCGACGCAAAGCCGUGCCAGCAAGCAGCGCAGCGAGAAGCUGGCCAAGUCGGACGAGAAGUCAAAAGCACAGCAACAACAGCAGCAGCAGCAGCAAACAAGUCUAUAUGCAACAUAUCCGCUGGCCAGCUCUGUGGCAGUUGUUGCCGCACGUGGCAUGUAUGUGACGUGCAACAAUCGUGGUCUCCUGGAUCAUGGGCACUCCGUCAAGGGCACGUUCUAUCCGCCCGUGUCGAGUGCCAACGAUGACGAUGCCACCAUCUCAAUGCGCAGCAGCAGCUCACUGCAGCAUCAACAGCAGCAACAACAGCAGCAACAACAACAGCAGCAACAACAGCAACAACAGCAGCAACAGCAGCAACAUUGCAACAGCAGCUCCAGCAUGUCCACUGCGACAGUCACGUCGAGUGCAGCUCCAGGCUCCAGCUAUACGGUAGCCAUGGCAGACAGCAACUGCAGCAAUGAUUAUCUAUCCAAUGCGUAUGGCAUGCAGUAUGAGGAUUUUCUGCGCUAUCAGAGCAACGAGCAGUUGGACUAUGAUCAGCUGAAGGAGACAUCGGAUAAUAAUGGCACUCAGAAGUGUACUAAAUAUCCAGACACCAAUCAGAAUUACGAUGAUUACGAGGCGGAGGCCUAUAAUAAUGCCAUGUUGAUAACGGCGGCACCACCACCGCCACCAACAGCACCACCUACUGGCGCCACCAGUUACUACACCCAGUUGCCCUACUCUACCGGAUUGGCGGCUGCCUUUCCCCUGCAGCUAGCCGUACCGUUCCAGCAAACAUCAGCGCCAGGCGGGGCCUAUGCACAGCCCAUGCAGAGCAGCUACCUCCACUAUGGCAACUACUAUGAGGCCAAUGGAGCGAGUGCACAGUUGCUGCCACAGCAGACAGCAACAGCAGCACCACCACCACUACCACCACCACCAACUGCAGAGGCAGCCAUGCAGCAGCAUCAUCAUCCCCACACCCACGCCCAUGCCCAUUCCCAUCCACAUCAUCAUCAUCAUCAUCAUCACUUUGCCACAGCGGGCAAUGCCGGACCGGGUAUGGUGGGCGUGGGGGUGGGCGUUGGUGUUGGCGAAAUGCUCUUCGAGCAGCAGCAUCAGCAGCAGCAACAGCGCAAGGAUGAUGAGAUUAGCAAUAUUUUGGCGGGAGUACGCAAAACCUGUUACAGCAAUUGACAACAAUUGACAGCAAUGGCAUCGAUUAAGAAAUCCUUGCUGGGAUUGUCUCGCAUAUUCUCUUAAAAUUUGUUAUAUUUGAAAAUGUAGACAUUAGUAGCGCUUGGUUUAGGUACGCAUAAGUAAUGACCCUACCCUCCUACUCCUCCUCCUCAGCCUCUGUCUCAUCCUUCUCUUCCAUCUCUUUACAAAUUGUACUAUAUAUAGAGUUUUUAUUAUUAUGUAUAUCAAAUAUGAAAUAUGUUCAACUUAAGCUA